AUGACUUAUUCAUUCGUCAAUUUAACACCCGCUCAACUCGAAGAACGAAGACGCCAACUCAACCUCGCAGGAUUCCAAGCAUGGCUGACUCCGAUAAUACUCCUCGUCACCAUCUGUCUGUACCGACGAUUGCUGAAAUCUGCCAUCUCGAUGUCAGCAAAGAGUACCUCGUUGAACUCCCUCCAGAUCCUAGUUCGCCGGACAUCCUGGUUCCUUCACACUACCUACCUCCCUGAGUUCGGACCUCUGCACAUUCAACUCUCAAGCCUCCUAUAUUUCUCCUGGCUCCUAUACCUCAUCUUCCGCGCCACAGGUAACGACUACAUGCAUCUGACCAAAUCCUUCGGGCAUGUCGCCGUCUCCCAGCUCCCCAUCCACUACCUCCUAUCAACAAAAUCCACUUACUCACCCAUCACACUCGCAACGGGACUCACGCAUGAGAGACUCAACGCCUACCACCGACUUUUUGGACGCAUGAUCCAUGUCCUCCUCGUUGCCCACGCCAUUCUCUACAUCCGCUUUUUCAUGCAGAUGAACGUGCUUGAGAAGAGGCUAGGGGACCGUGACGUGCGUCUCGGAAUCGCCGCAUUCUGGACACUUAAUUUCCUCGGCAUCCUCUCUCUGCCCAGCAUCCGAAGGAAAAUAUACCACAAGGUCUUCUACAGAAGUCACGCCCUGCUUAGCAUUUUGUUCCUGCCGAUCGUGUUUUUCCAUGUGCCCUACACGAGAUUUUACGUCGUGCAGGCGGGGGUAAUUUGGUUUCUGAGCGGGUUCAUGCGGAUGAAGACGAGUGCGAAAGCUCAAGCGCGCUGUGAGAAAAUCCACGGCACGAAACUAGUGAGCGUGCGAUUCGACGCCGAUAAAAAGAGCAACCUCGGACUUGCCCACGCUGCACCGGGUCAACAUGUCUACGUCCAUCGUACGGGGAAGGACCCAAAGACUCCGUUCACGAUCGCAAGUUUGCGACCGGCUGACACCGAUGUAGUCGGAGGUCUUCAGGUCCAGCUUGUGGCGAGGAACACCGGGGGACCGCAGACAUCCUGGCUCGAAGCUAUGGCGACAAAUGAGUCGCAGAUUGAACUCCUGAUCGAAGGACCGUACGGCGAGGCGAGCAACUAUAUGCCAUCACUUCUGGAAGCGGUGGACCAGCCUGUCCUCCUUAUCGCGGGCGGCGUAGGCGCAACAUACACGCUCCCUAUCUACAGCGCUCUCGUUUCUUCUCGGCGCGGUGGUGCAACGGCUAUAGGCAAGGGCAAGGGCAAGAUCAAGAUGGUCUGGAUGGUGAGAACACCGGCGGACGCAGCGUGGGGAAUUGAGAUACUGAAUUAUUUACAUGAUGUUGAUCUGGAUGUUGACGUCUACAUCACGACCCCAUCCACGGAUAUGGACAUCCACGCGGACACAAAGGGCCCGUCGAAGAAGGAAGAGGAUGAAGGCAUCAGAAUCCAUCGGCUAGGCCGAAGACCGAAGCUGAUGCCUCUCAUCGACAACUUCUUCUCCUCUAUUUCUUCUCCUCCUUCCUCGUCCGCCGCCGUUCUUCUCUGUGGCCCGUCCUCGUUGAGUCGCGAUGCACAUAAAGCUGUGGGAAAUCAUGUCCUUAAGAGCCAGGGCACACGGGUUGAGUGGUUCGAGGAGGUGUUUGGGUUUGGUGGGAGCUAA